CGUCAGCAGGUGUUUUUCAGGUUCCAUCCGGACCGGAACGUUGUCAUCAAGCCUGCCGGGGAAUCAGAGAGGCUGAACUUGGAUAGAAAACAAACCCUGUCACGCUGAGGAAAUCACAGCUGGAGGGACCGGCACGGAGAGAGAGGCAGAAAGAAAGCCUCAGGCAAGGCGGCCUUUUUUUUUUUUUUUUUUUUUUUCCAGGGCGAAACAUACAAAGGAGGGCAGAGAGAAAAACAGUGGAGUCUGGCACGGAUCUGUCAGUUGUGAGUUCACCUCUGGAACAUUCAUGUGCAUGCUAACAAGGAGGAAGUUUAUCUGAUCAGUUCUGGAUCAAAGUUGGGCUGAACAUUCUUGAAGGUUAAGGAGAGCUUCCAUCACAGACCCCUGCAGGAACCAUGUUGGCCACAGUAAGGAGGAGCCACUCGGUCCUGCUGAUGUUGGCGUGCUCGCUGAUGGUGGCGGUCCAGGAGGUGGUCGGGUGUCGGACAGUCUCCGGGCCCGAGUGUGACAAGGCCCCAUUCAUCCCGGGCUACAACCUGGCCGGAGAAGGUUUUGACGUGGUGCGGAUGCACCGAACAGGAGCCUACGUCAUCAACGUCAAAGGUCACCUGGGGGAAAACCGCACUUGUACGCUGUGUCCGAACCGCUUCCAAAGGGGACAGCUGCAGAGGCUGCCGGCUGCCGUCCUGGACUGGAGAUCCCUGAGCCGCUGCAGCAAGCAGCUCUCCGGCGCCCUGCACCACUCGGUGGACUCCCUGCUGCGCAGCUCCAACUCGCUGGUCAACAACAACUGGGAUGUGGGUUUGAGCUUGGACAACAUUGGGAAAGCAGUGCUGCGGGGGAGCCGCUCCGACCUGGCCAGGUUCGCUCGCUCGCAGCACAACGUGCACAAGGCCACCUUCGUCAUCCAGGAAAUCAGCUGCACGUGCUACAGCUAUCGGCUGGAGGACCAUCCUGAGCUGAGCGUUGAGUUCACCAAGCAUCUCAAGCGACUCCCGCUGAGUCUGAGCACCAGCCAGAAUCGAGCUCUGUACCGGCGACUCAUCGACACCUAUGGGACUCACUACAUACACCAGGUCCACCUUGGCGGGAAGGUGCGGCGCGUCACGGCCCUCAGGAGCUGCUAUGCCACACUGCAGGGCUUCUCAGAGUCAGACAUUAAAAACUGUCUGAACCUGGAGCUCCGGAUGUCUCUGGGUUUCCUCCCAGCUAACGCUUCCUUCUCCAACAAAUGUGAAAAAAUGCUGAAGGCCAACUCCAGCACUGGCUUCUAUCAAGGCUUCAUGGCCAACAAGGUGGAGGUGUUGGGAGGAGAUCGCUACUUGCCAGAUGUCCUUCACCAGCAGGACCCGACUGAGGCCUACCACAACUGGAUGACGAGUCUCCAUGACAACCCGGAUGUGGUUUCCUACGCCAUCUUUCCUCUGCAUCUCCUGGUGGAGGACCCCCAGAUCAGUAGCAACCUGAGAGAAGUUGUCACUCAGUACAUAGAGAGGAACAAGCUGCAGGACGACCAGAUUGGUUUCAAGAACUGCUCCCCAACACCCAACCUGGACCACAACUGCUGCCCGCUCCGAGCAGGAAGAGGAACCUUCACACUUGAAAUCCAGCGCGCCGCCAACCUCAAAGCGGACACCUUCACCAAAACUGACGCCUACGUCAAAAUCUUCUACAACAACAUGUACGAGGAGACGGACACGGUGAUGGACAACAACAAUCCCACCUGGAACACCACUGUCUUUUUCGGCUCCAUCGAGGUGGGACACGAGCUGAGGCUGGAGGUGUGGGACCGAGAUGUGCUGUACAACGACGUAGCGGGUCGAUGCCGAAUCUUCCCUGAGAGAGGAACUCACUCUCUCAGCUGCCAACUCAACAAAGGAGUCCUCUACUUCGCAUACACCAUUCAGUGUGAUCCAUAUCUGACGGGAUUCAGGUGCGGACGCUACUCUCCCACGGCCGAGUAGCUAAAUUGAACCUGACUGCUUUGAAACCUGGCGAACAGUGAACACUAUGUAUGCUUAACUAAAUAGGUCUGGCAUCAACAAAGGGUUCAUUCAUUCGAAGGUCUGCCUUCAGAUUCCAUAAAUUAUAUUUCUGAUUGGUUGCUGUUUUUAACAUUUAAGCCUUUUCCUAACUAUAAAUAUAAUUCUCUUUCAUCGUCCACUUGUCAUUUAAAUGUUUAUUCAUUUAAUCCAGUAUCAACCAACGCUUAAGAAACUGCCCUUGGCCUCACUUGGAAACCUCAUCCCAUGUCCUCCCACCCACCAUUGUCUAGUUGAUGCUGCACAUGUUUCUGUUUCUCUUGUCACAACACUUUAAUGAAGUCAAGAACGCAUGACCACUUUUCAGUUUCUCAAAAGGAGAAUUCUCGGUGGCAGAAGGUUCCGGCGAAUGGCCUUUAAGAACAGACCAGCAAAGUCAUGAUUGGUAGAAAAAUGAACAUAAUUGUCUUGUGUUAUUGGUAGUGAACACUUUCCUAAACAAGAUGUUUGAUGAAACAUGAUGUGAUGUACUGUCUGGUGAUGGGGCAAUAAAAGGU